CUCCCUCCCUCCCCUCCCUCCCCCUGCCCUGGCUCCGGCCCCGGCCCAUUAGGCGUUCGGUCUUCUGCUAGGGAGGAUGUCGGGCCCGUCGCUCCCCAGCGCCCUGGCCCUCUCGUUGUUGCUGGUCUCUGGCUCCCUGCUCUCAGGGCCGGUCGCCGCUCAGAACGCUGGGUUUGUCAAGUCGCCCAUGUCAGAAACUAAGCUCACGGGGGACGCCUUUGAGCUGUACUGUGACGUGGUCGGGAGUCCCACGCCAGAGAUCCAGUGGUGGUACGCAGAAGUCAACCGGGCAGAGUCUUUCAGACAGCUGUGGGACGGUGCUCGGAAGCGCCGUGUCACCGUAAACACCGCCUACGGGUCAAACGGCGUGAGUGUGCUGAGAAUAACCCGGCUCACCUUGGAGGACUCUGGGACUUACGAGUGCAGGGCCAGCAACGACCCCAAGAGGAAUGACUUGAGGCAAAACCCCUCCAUAACAUGGAUUCGAGCCCAGGCCACCAUAAGCGUCCUUCAGAAGCCAAGAAUUGUCACCAGUGAAGAAGUCAUUAUUCGAGACAGCCCUGCCCUCCCUGUCACCUUGCAGUGUAACCUCACCUCCAGCUCUCAUACACUUACAUACAGCUACUGGACAAGGAAUGGGGUAGAAUUGACUGCCACUCGUAAGAAUGCCAGCAACAUGGAAUACAGGAUCAAUAAGCCAAGAGCUGAGGAUUCAGGCGAAUACCACUGCGUAUACCAUUUUGUCAGCGCUCCUAAAGCAAAUGCCACCAUUGAAGUGAAAGCUGCUCCUGACAUCACUGGCCAUAAACGGAGUGAGAACAAGAAUGAGGGGCAGGAUGCCAUAAUGUACUGCAAGUCAGUUGGCUAUCCCCACCCAGAGUGGAUCUGGCGAAAGAAGGAGAAUGGUGUGCUCUCAGAGAUUGGCAAUGCCUCUGGUCGCUUCUUCAUCAUCAACAAGGAGAAUUAUACAGAGUUGAGUAUUAUGAACCUCCAGAUCACAGAAGAUCCCGGAGAGUAUGAAUGUAAUGCUACUAACUCUAUUGGCUCCGCCUCAGUGUUCACCAUCCUCAGGGUACGAAGCCACCUGGCCCCACUGUGGCCUUUCUUGGGAAUUCUGGCUGAAAUCAUCAUCCUUGUAGUGAUCAUUGUUGUGUAUGAGAAGAGGAAGAGGCCAGAUGAGGUUCCUGACGAUGAUGAACCAGCUGGGCCAAUGAAAACCAACUCUACCAACAAUCACAAAGAUAAAAACUUGCGCCAGAGAAACACAAAUUAAGUACUGCUUAUAAUAUCUUUAGGUUCCUGAAACUGGUGGCAUCAUGACCUGCUAAAUUUUCUGCUUGGACCUCUUUGGUCUCCCUUUUCAAAGUGAGCAACACCACAAUGACCGUCUAAAGCAUGCCUUAUUUAGCCUCUCCUAUAAGGGUGACCUAGCCAGGUACAUUUUAAACAGUGCUUCAGUGUAGAAGGUGUAAACUAUUUUGGGCUUGAUGUGCUGUGAAUGUUGCUUUCUUUCCUUUGUUAAAAUAUUUAAAUAGAAGUGAAAAGGUCCUCUGAGGACCAGAUCGUGCAUGCGCCAUUUUUUACUUAAAGCAGCUGUUAAAUUGGCAAAGCUCUAAAAUGCACUGCUGCCAUCUAGUGAUACAUUUUUGUAAAGUACUCAAAACCUACAGAUAUAUACAAUAUAUAAAUAUAUAUAUAUAUAUAUUUAUAUUUUUUGGGGUGGGAGAAAUCCAAAAUAAAAUAAAUGCUUGUUUCAUGUUUAAAAUGCUGAUAUUCAUUCCUUAUUGUAUGUUGUCAGAUGAGGAAAUGUGCAGUUAUGGUACAUAAAGAUAGAUAAUUUAUAAAUUCUGAAGUCUGUAAUUUUAAGGGCUUAACCUACAACUUUAAUAAUAUGAUGGAAUAGUCCACUGAAGGGAUAUAAUGAAUUGCAGUAUAUAUGUAUGAUUGCUUUUAAGUGACUAUUUUUUUCUUCUGUUAAAUCAUGUAAAUUCUUAAAUCCUUUUGCACUGAUGUAUUGAACUAUUCUUGUAUAUUCGAUCAAGGCAAAUUUUAUAAUUUACCUUUUGUUUUCAAUGACCUUGAGAUGUUAUAGCAUGGUGAAACUAUGCAACUCUAGUUAUACUUUUUGGUUUGACACUAUUUUUUCACAUUGAUUAAUGGUUGAUGGUAGAUUUUAUAACCUGACCAGGUUCUCAUGCAGUACGUAACUAUAGAUGCAUGUACUUGUGUUUUGUGUAAUUGUUGAAGUGCAAUGAUGUAUUAAAAAGUGGAUUCACCUGUUUUUAACAAUAAAACAUUGACAAAAGGUG